CGAAAUAAUGGGUGGUGGGGAGGGGAGGGAAGAAGCUGGCUGUUUGAAUUCAAGAUGGCUGGGUUGGAGAUGCACUAAGGCCAAAUAAGGUUGGCUGCUUGAUUGCCUGAGGCACAGAGUGCUGGUCACGUGAAACUUCCCUACCUACUAUUCCAACACUGGAAUAUUUAGAAGGGUGUCGGCUUCGUUCGAGGCGAACAGAGAAUGAAAUAAAUCCGAUUUCGUACAGUACCUGGUGAAUGAAGUACUGGAUAAUUCCCAUUUCUUCAAAUUUUAGCCGGUUCGAUUUCUGUCUAGGUCCACCCUUCAAUCGCUGCUUGCAGGGGUUCAGGCUCAGUGCUUCGAAGCCAAAAAGUGCUGCCCCGAGUGCCCCCCAGUCCAGCCCAGCUUGACUGUGGGUCCCUGAAACGGCAAAAGUCCAGCGCCGCCUCACGACACGUUGUGGAUUCACGGAGCACUUUAUUGUAAUCAAUCAAACACGCAAAUGUCCUUGAACUCUCCCAGACAUCCCACUUAGACAUUGGCAUGUUUGCGAUGCUCCACGAAUAAUCAACGCCGAACCAUUGUGAGGAAGAGGCGCACCGGGUCCAGUUCACCCAACCAUAUCACCCCAGACCCGUACCAUCAGCUCCAUCAGCUCCAGCAACAUAUCCCUGUUUCGUAUGCCUCAGCGGUAGAAUCAGCUUUGACGACAGCAUCAUUUGCUGCUCGUUAUACUAGAGACCAGUAUAGAGGAAAGUGGCCAUGGGGUGGCCGCGCAUCUCCCGGUCCGCGAGCCCAGGUGGGAGUUUGUUGCCAUUGUCGAACCUCCCGACCAUCGAAGCUUCGAAUUCAGAGCCCCCAUCGAGGCCACGGUCAGAGGCAAGGUCGAGGUCCAGGUCACGGAGCCAUGUUCGCUCAUCUUCAUCAGUUGCAAAGUCAGUAGCAGACGAGUACUCCGCCCUCACUCCGAACGAAACAGCUACGCGACUGCAAACCUCCCUGACGAAAGGUCUCUCACCUGCCGAAGCUCUCGCUCGAUUACAUGACCAAGGUCCGAAUGAACUUCCUCAUGAAGCACCAGAGCCUUUAUGGCUGCGAUUUCUGAAGCAGUUCAAGGAGCCCCUGAUUCUUCUCCUUCUUUGUUCAGCAGGGGCGUCUGUAAUUGUUGGAAAUAAAGAUGAUGCUAUCAGUAUUACGGUUGCAGUUACAAUUGUGGUAUUGGUGGGGUUUAUACAGGAAUACAGGUCCGAGAAGUCGAUCGAAGCGUUAAGCCAUCUGGUUCCAAACCAUGCCCAUCUGAUACGAGGGGAGCCCCCCAGAACAGCCAGCUUACGGACACCGACAUGGCAACCAGGCGUCGCAGAUGCGCCAGAGGAGGAGCGAUUGAUGGACUCUACAUCUGUGGCAGAAGCUGAGGCCGCGGUGGAGGCAAUAUCUAGCAAGGUCAUGGCAGCACAGUUGGUUCCGGGGGAUUUGGUUUUAUUUACGACUGGCGACAGAAUUCCGGCAGACAUUCGAGUGACGAAGGCGUCCGAUUUAACAAUUGAUGAAUCGAAUUUGACUGGAGAGAACGAACCUGUGAGGAUUACUGCAGAGGCGAGACAACCAUUUGCAUACAUUAGGUCGAAGUCGAAUAAUCUAGAGCCACCAGGAUCUCCAGCAUAUGCAUCGGCUGGUAGCGGAACGGUUGGGGCGGAUACGCAGCUGAACAGUACAACGAAUAUUGCAUUUAUGGGAACACUAGUUAGAUCUGGCCAUGGACAGGGAAUAGUCUAUGCGACUGGCGGAAACACACAUUUCGGCACAAUUGCAGCCAGUGUGAGCGAAACCGAGAGCCCAAGAACACCCUUGCAGCUUUCCAUGGAUUCUCUUGGAUCGCAACUCAGCCAGGCAUCUUUUGCGAUUAUUGCUGUCAUAUCGUUUGUUGGAUGGCUGCAAGGAAAGGGUUUACUGGAAAUAUUCACAAUUUCCAUUUCCUUGGCUGUUGCAGCCAUUCCGGAGGGUCUUCCAAUCAUUGUCACCGUAACCUUGGCUCUUGGUGUGCAUCGCAUGGCAAAACACCAUGCAAUUGUCCGAAAAAUGCCAAGUGUGGAGACGCUUGGUUCUGUCAAUGUUGUGUGCAGUGACAAGACAGGAACUCUGACAAUGAACCAUAUGACAACGACAAAGAUGUGGUUCUUUGGCGGCGAUGGCCCCAUCGAGGUUGAUUCAGAUGACGAAGCCACGGAGUCCAAGCCGGACCCCGUUACCCUGAGAAUUCUCCGUAUCGGCAAUGUCGCCAACAACGCGCGCUUAAAUCGUCUUCAUGACGAAAACCCGCAAUCUGCUUCUUCCAUAGCUAUUCUGUCCUCUACCGAGAAUUCAGAGGGUCACAUGCUCAGAAGUCGAUGGGUUGGUCAACCAACAGAUGUGGCUAUGCUUGAUCUUUUGGACCGUUUCAAGGAACAUGAUGUUCGAGAAGGAUUCGGACCCCGCCUUGGAGAAACGCCUUUCAGCUCGGAACGUAAAUGGAUGGGAGUCACUGUUGGCGAUCCGACUCCGGAUGGCAUGUCGAUUGCACGAGAAGUCGCCUAUAUCAAAGGAGCUGUUGAUCGUGUAUUGAGCAGAUGUGAUACAUAUCUGACAAAGGACGGUCGCGAGGUGGUGUUGGACGCUGUGCGGCGACAAGAAGCUUUGGAUGCAGCCGAAAAGCUAGCUGUUGAAGGUCUUCGAGUGCUGGGAUUUGCGAGUGGCCCUGUUGGAAAACAUGCCAAAUCUUUGCACUCCAUUAGCCGAAGCAGUACGCCAACAACAAAGCAACCCGAACCACAUGUUUCACACAGUGAGGAUGUGUACAAGGGAUUAGUCUUUGCAGGAUUAGUGGGUAUGAGUGAUCCUCCUAGACCAGGAGUUCAGAAAUCGAUUAGACGGCUCAUGCGGGGAGACGUCAAAGUGAUCAUGAUCACUGGUGAUGCAGAAACGACAGCUUUGGCUAUUGGCCAGAAGCUUGGUAUGACCAUUGCCGCUCCACGGGAACAUACUGCAAGCUCGGUUGCGGUAAAGCCUGUACUGAGCGGAGCCGAGAUCGAUGAAAUGUCAGACGAGGAGCUCGAAGCUGCGAUUGCGAACACUUCGAUAUUCGCAAGGACAAGUCCGGAUCACAAGAUGAAGAUCAUUCGAGCACUCCAGGCCCGAGGUGAUAUCGUAGCCAUGACAGGAGAUGGUGUAAACGAUGCACCAGCACUGAAGAAAGCCGAUAUUGGAAUAUCUAUGGGUCGCCAAGGCACAGAUGUGGCGAAGGAAGCUGCAGACAUGAUCUUAACAGACGAUGAUUUCUCCACGAUCCUUAAAGCCAUUGAAGAAGGCAAAGGUAUCUUCAACAACAUUCAAAAUUUCCUUACAUUCCAACUGAGUACCAGCGCCGCUGCACUCAGUCUGGUAUUCUUCUGCACGUGUUUAGGAUUCAAAAAUCCUUUGAACGCGAUGCAGAUUCUAUGGAUCAAUAUCAUCAUGGACGGUCCGCCCGCCCAAUCCCUCGGCGUCGAGCCCGUCGACCCCGACGUAAUGACCCGCCCCCCACGCAAACGCAACGCCCCCGUCCUAACCUGGCCCCUCAUCACCCGCGUCCUCACCUCUGCCUCCAUCAUCAUGCUCGGCACCAUGGCCGUCUACACGCACGAGAUGCUCACCGACGGCGAGGUCACCAAGCGCGACACCACCAUGACCUUCACCUGCUUCGUCCUCUUCGACAUGUUCAACGCGCUCAACUGCCGCUCUGAAUCGAAAUCCGUCCUUCGCGGCGAGGUCGGCCUCUUCAGCAAUACGCUGUUUAAUUGGGCUGUUUCGCUCAGUUUAGGGGGUCAGAUUCUGGUUAUUUAUUUUCCGUGGCUGCAGGAGGUAUUUCAGACGGAGGCUUUGGGGUUCUUUGAUUUGGUUGCGUUGGUCAUGCUUACGAGUAGUGUGUUCUGGGUUGAUGAGGGCAGGAAGUAUUGGAAGUCGAGGGGGAGGAGGAGGUUGGGGACUGGAUAUAGUCAGGUUGUGUAGGUGUAGUGUAUGUAUGUAGGCUUUGUGUAGGUAGGGUUAGGGAUUUCCAAGUGUACUUUAACCUGGUCUCCCUUUCCAUCUUCUUUGUUGAAAUUUUUCCAAUAUAUAGUAUUCCUCUAGGAAAGAAUGGCGAGCGGGUGCAUUUACAGUAUAAAAUGGAUGGAUGGUUUGCGGGUCAUGAAGACGGAAAGACGGUAGGAUUGGUCAUUGUAUAUUAGAUUGCAGUCAAAGAAUUCCGGGACUGAGAAUAGGUAUCUAUCUACACUCUCAUUUCUCCGAAGUUUGCCUGGGAUCAAGAUAAGCUCCCUGCUACCAAUAAUACCUAAAGAAAGAUCAUGGUGUGUGGGACAAUUAGCA